GCACGGGGCGGAGGGUGAGCCUUGAGCAGCUGGGGGAGGGGCGCCCUCAGGGAGCUCUGGUGAGAGGAGGAAGUCGGGUAAGGAGCCCCCAGGCAGGGGUGACCUCACUUCCCUGACGACAGAGCCCAACGGAAUUGGAACCCACGUAUCCAGGCACCCACAUUCCAGAGAAACCCCCCUGCCCGGCUCAUUUCUGCGCAGAUCCUGAAGGAAGCGACAUGUUCUUGUGCUGCCUGCCGACGUCCAGAGGACGCGGGCGGAGGAGAGCUCUCCCGCCAAACACGAACCCUCACUGGGCAGGUCCUGUCAGGGUUGCCCGACGCCUCUGGCCCUUUGGCAAAAAGAAUCCAAAGGCCACGGAUGAAAGAGGAAGGAGGCGGGAAGACACGCACUCCUCCCUGACCCCGGAGUCCCCGGUCCUGGGAAGGCCUCCGGUACCUCCCAGACCACUGCCCGCGGUACUCCACUGGACUGCGGACCUGGACACGGAGCCCACGGAGGCCACGUCCGAGGCUACUCCAGCGGAGGAGCUAGACCCACUCCCAACUUCAGCAACUCCGGACGGGGAGAUGGUGACCGGAGACACUUCAGCGGGAGACCAGGAGCCGACAGGUGCCCGGGCGCCUGCCCACGGAGAUGCUGAUGCUGUCCAGGGAGAGCUGGCUCCUGAUCCUGCCCCCACCCCUGCUCCUGCCGUUCCCACUUCCCCUGCCCCUGCCUGUGCUCCUGUUCUGGCCUUUGACCCAGAUCCUCCCUUGGUCCCACCCCUUCCCCAACCCCUCCCAGUGCCCCUGUUCCUGCCCCAGACCCAGCUUCUGCCCUUGACCUCGCACCGGCCAUCACCCCUGCACUGGCCCCAGCUCCUGUCCCUGCCCCUUCCCCUGCCCCUCUCCCUUCUUCUGUCCCUGCCAGGGCCACUGCCCCUGCACCUGCCCCAGACCCAGUCCCAGGUCCUACCCCUGUUCCUGCCCUUUCCCUUGCCCCUUCCCCUCCUGCUCUGGGUCCUGCACUGGCCACGACUGCUGACCCUGUCCCCGCCCCUAGCCCAACCCCUGCCCCUACACCUUCUCCUGCGGGGCUCCCAGACCCGCAUCCAGAGCCCACAACCCUGCGGGGAGAUCUCCCCAUAA